AUUAUCGUGCCGGGAAGUGUUUUUAAGUUCUUCUUCUUCUUCUUUAAGUUGUUUUUAGUAUAUAGUUUGUGAAAAAUAAAAUAAAAAGUUUGAAUGGAGAUAAGUUUUAUUAACGUUUUUAUUAUAGUUCGUUUUUGAAAAACAUUUGGGAACAUAGUUAUUAAAAUGAUAGUUCAAGUUACCAUAAUUGUAACCGCGGUUAAAUUUUUGUUCAUGCCGCUCUACCGUUCAACAGAUUUCGAAGUACACAGAAACUGGUUGGCUAUUACUCAUAACAAAUCUAUCGAUGAAUGGUAUUUUGAGUCUACUUCAGAAUGGACACUAGACUAUCCUCCUUUUUUUGCUUGGAUGGAGUAUGGUUUAUCAUUAAUAGCUAAACAGCUUGAUCCAGAAAUUGUCAAAAUUGAGAACCUAAACUAUGCUUCUGAUGUAACAGUGAUGUUCCAGCGUUUUUCAGUUAUUGCAUUGGAUUUUAUUUAUGUUUAUAGUGUAAAGAAAUGUUCAGACUUAUUGGAUAAUGGCAAACUUCUUGUUUUUAUACUUUUGGUAUCUAAUCCUGGCUUAUUAAUGGUUGAUCAUAUUCAUUUUCAAUAUAAUGGAUUUUUAUAUGGAUUUUUGCUUUUCUCUAUAGCACAUAUGAUAAAAGGAAAUUUUAUCCAAGCGGCGUUAUGGUUUGCAAUUUUAAUAAAUUUUAAGCAUAUUUAUAUAUACAUAGCACCAGUAUAUGUUGUUUUUCUAUUGAGGUCAUACUGUUUUACAGUUUCUUCUAAUGAUGGAGUCCACACACCAUGGUAUUCAUUUUCAUUUGUAAAUUUGAGCAAACUGGCAUUAAUAACUAUAUCAGUAUUUGCUUUAUCUUUUGGACCUUUCAUACAACAACUACCACAGUUAUUUUCAAGGUUGUUUCCAUUCAAAAGAGGACUUUGCCAUGCAUAUUGGGCUCCAAACUUUUGGGCUUUAUAUAAUUUUGGAGAUAAAAUCCUGCAUGUUUUAUAUAAAAGGUUUGGUUUACCAACAUCUAACAAUGUUGCAUCAAUGACUGGUGGACUGGUACAGGAAUUUGACCAUUCAGUAUUGCCAUCUAUAAGACCAAAUAUAACAUUUGUUUUAACAAUUUUGUCAAUGUUACCAGCUCUAAUUAAAUUGUGGCAUCUUGGAGCUGAUAGAAGAUAUAGAAGUAUGAGCUUUAUAAGGUGUAUUGUCAUAUGCGCCACAUGCUCAUUUAUGUUUGGAUGGCAUGUCCAUGAGAAAGCAAUUUUGAUGAUUUUAAUUCCAUUGAGUUUCCUUUCGGUUUUGGGUGAAGAUGACGGAAAAUAUUAUUUGUUGUUAUCAUCAGUUGGCCAUUAUUCACUUUUCCCUCUGCUGUAUCCUAAAAAUCUUGCAUCUAUUAAAUUAUUUCUGUUAUUAACACAUUGUGCUAUGGGUUUUGUUAAUAUUCCAAGUUUAUACGAAGAUCCAAAAUGUAAGAAGAACAAAAAGCGAGCAUUUUUCAUUUUACCUAUGUUAAAUUGGAUAGAAAUAUUAUAUUUAUACGGAUUUAUAUUAUUGUAUAUUUACGAAAAUCUGCUACAUUCCUUUUUAGGUUUUAAUAAAAUUUUACCAUUUCUACCAUUGUUGAUGACCUCAGUAUAUUGUUCUAUAGGCGUAUUUUAUUUUUGGCUAUCAUAUUAUUAUUAUUUUUUAACAUUUAAUCUAAGUAGAGUUCCUACAUUACUUACUCCUAGAACAUUGCAGUAUCACCAAAAAAUGAAAUAAUAACAAUUUUAACAAAUUAAAAAAUUUCAUGAACUAACUACCUACGUAUUUGAAUUAUUAUUUUAAAGCAAGUAGAAUUUAUAAAUGAAAUGAUUAAAUCGUUUUAGAAAGACUGCU